AUUCAUUAGUGAAGGACCAGAUAUCAAGAUGGUAAUGAUAGAUCAAGAGAAGCUCCUUAAGAUGCAGCAGCACGUACGAACUGGAGGUAAGGGUACAGUAAGAAGGAAGAAGAAAGUUAUUCACAAGAGUGUGGGUACAGACGACAAGAAACUGCAGACUAGUCUUAAGAAACUUCAAGUCAGCAAUAUCCCCGGUAUCGAAGAGGUUAACAUAAUCAAAGAAGAUGGAAAUGUGAUCCAUUUUAGUAACCCUAAGGUUCAAGCAACAGUACAAGCGAACACAUUCGCAAUUUCUGGAAACGCAGAAACAAAGCCAAUCUCAGACCUCUUGCCAGGUAUAAUUCAGCACCUAGUGGGACUGUCCAGCUCACUGCCAAAGCAGAUGAAACAUGACUCAAUACCUGAGGGUGACGAGGACGAUGUCCCUGCUCUGGUGGAAGAUUUCGAUGAAGCAUCUAGGACCGAGGGAAUGUAAUGUGAUGACGUCACGUGAUCUGAUGACGUCACAUUCUUGAGGUGUGACGUCUCGUUGUGACGGGUCCGUGAGGGCGAGUGACGUCACGUUCAUGUCGUUAUGGAAACGUUUUUCCGAUUUACAAGUUUAUGGGUUUACGUUACAUAUUGUGAUAGAGAAGGUCUUAUGAGUUUUUUUCCCUGAAAGAUAGCAGAAGCCAAAUUUAAGGCUACAUUUUGGGGCUUAAUGAGUUUAUUUGUUACUGGAGUUUUUAUUAAGUUUAUGGUUUUUAUGAUAAGAAGCAUCCUACUAUUUUGGGUGAAAAAUAAAACAUCAUCUCAUCUGCCCGUUUCUAUCAUGGAAGUGACCAGAUAUUUGAGAUAUUUUUCGUGUUUUAUCCAAACAAGCAACUGUACGUUUUUAUUUGAUAUUUGUAACUCACGGUUUUGUAGAGUUUUGUAUCCAUCUUUUCUACGAUCUAAAUUUAAUAGGCACAUUAAAUAAUUCGAAUGUACUUCGAAGAAAUAUCUCCCGAUUUGUAAUAGGAUGAUUUUUCCUGCCAUUUUGUAUUUCCCGAGGAAUCUGAUAUUUACUUAACAUGUUCAUCGUUUUUGAUCAGAAUGUGUUGAUGAUCAAUGAUGAUGUGAUAUUAUCGUAGGAGCUUGAUAGUAAACAACAUGUUAAGUUUAAAGAUCUAUGAUUAUGAAUGUAAGGAAAGCGCUUGGCUAAGAAUUUCAAUGGAUUGGUUUGUUACAGUGAUAAGAUCUAAACGCUGAAACUAUUUAUUCGCUUAUUAAAAUA